GAGAAAAGCAAGCGGAUGAAAAUAUUACUCGAAUGAAACCGCCAAAUCGACGAUGCGAAGAACAUGACUGUGAGAUCGACUAACUUUGUUUAAAUCAAUAAAACAUCACUACGAGUUACGAGGGGGGAGUCGGGGAACGAACGAAAUGUCAAAAUUUUCAAGUUCGUGAGGUGAAGAGUGGAUUGGUUGGUUGUGUCUGUUUGUGUUUAGUUUGUUCUAAUUAAACCAAAUGUAAAUUUUAAAUUGAUUAAAAGUGUAAACAGUACAAUAUCCCACUACUGUUCUACCUAUCAUGACCAGUUAACAUUUAGCUUCCAUACAGUGUAGUGUAAUUGUCUGGCAAAUGGGUGAAGUUGUAAACUUGUUUUCUGUGAUAAUAAUGAAACUUAAAUCUAAGCUGAAUGAAAGCAAAAUUUAUUUCAAUUAUGAUCUUCCAUGGGAAAAGUUGAAAUCCAUAAAAUGGAUGAAUGAACGUGCCACAUCGAACCAAGCCUAUGUACCAACGAGGGUAGAAAAUGUGGCAAAUGUGUGCACACAUGCCCUCUGUGUGGCGCCAGCUUCCAUCGGAGCAUGUGAAUUGCUCACGCGCUCCGUCAACGCCCCGCAGGCCAUAGCUGCCAUCGUCUACGGCCUGGCAUUGUGCCUCCUCUUUGCGGUAUCCACCAUCUUCCACUCGGUGUGUUGCUGUGGAGCUGAAACCAAGAUGCGUCACUUCCUGCACCGCUGCGACCGCGCCAUGAUCUACAUCUUCAUCGCGAGCUCGUACUUCCCGUGGCUGACGGUCGGCACCCUCUCCUGCUGGAUGCUGCGCGAGCUGCGCUGGGGCAUCUGGCUGCUGGCCGUGCUCGGCAUCACGUACCAGCAGAUCUUCCACGAGCGGUACAAGAUGCUGGAGCUGCUGAUAUACCUGGUGAUGGGGCUGGGCCCGGCGGCCAUCAUUGUCACGUCGAACCACCACAUCCCGGCGAUGCAAGACCUGAAGCUGGGCGGCAUGCUGUACCUGAUCGGGGUGUUCUUCUUCAAGUCGGACGGGCGCAUCCCGUUCGCGCACGCCAUCUGGCACGUGUUCGUGGCAUUCGCUGCCAGCGUGCACUACCUCGCUAUACUGCGGUAUCUGUUCCCGGGGGUUGAAUCUCAGUAGAAUGUUGGGGGGUUUGUUUGCUAGACGGCGGGGAAAGAAGGUUUGGAAAAGAUUGGUUAGCGUACCACCAUCGGAAGUCUUAAGCAGCAGUGCAUAGUUUAGUCUGGCAUAACUUGUAUGGAUCUUACAGAUGUUUGAUUGAUAGCAAAUGCAUAUAACUAAUAAUAUAAUAACUAUUGCUAAUGUUUCGGUGGUGGUAUGGUUCGUAGCUGUUAGCGUUUGAUACUCACGCGUUAAAGAUUUGUGUUUUAAAUUGAGAAAAAUAGAUCUGAAGUUCUAAAACAGAUGAGCCGAUUGUGAUACGAUGUGUUUUUCGUUUAAGAAAUGAUUUCAUAGCAAGUGUUCUCAGUAAUAGAUCUCGUUUAACACAAUCGGUUUAUUCGUUUAAACGUUUCAUCAGUCCAAUCUUCUUUAGGCGUCUAGCAGGCUGCGGAGUCGGUGUAAUGAGCACUGGCCGACGCUCCAUUACUCUAUUAAAUGUAGCUCUCUAACGACCGGCCAAUCGGCCGCCUCAACUCGUUUAGCCACCAAUUUGCUCGACAAUGACGAGUGUCGCCGGCACCCAGGUCACUAGCAUAGGCACAGAUCAUAAGAUCGAAACUUCUAUGAAGCAUCACCAAACAAUUCUAGGAUGGAAAGAGCAUUUCUUAAAUUUAAUUCAACGGAAAAUGAUUCUCCAUUUAUGAACUGUGACUUAUACAGUCUCUUUGUUAAGUUUAAUCUUGUAGUAGCUAUCGAUAAAUUCUUGGUCCUUUAUUUCAUGCUGUGAGGUAGUUUGCAAACUUGUGUGAGUAUUUGCAGUAUCUGCGUAUAGUACAUGUCAAGAUUAUAACAGUUUUCUUGGCAAUGCGGGCUAUAUCACGUGCAGUCAGUUGUUUAUAAAUCCAGUUGCGUAUCCACAUCCACAUGAUGUUAGUGCCGUCACUGAUAAAUGUUAUAAUUACCGGACUAUGGCCUCUGACGUGUGGUAUAUAGCUCAUCUCUAGCCAUAUUAUGUAUUUAGUAGGUAAUGUGUCUAUGUAAACAGCAUGAAAUGCAGACGCCCAAAAAUACUCUAGAUUCUCCCAUGUGUAUAUUUUGAAAAUGAUUGUUGAUAGAUAAAUGUAUUGUUGUUGUAGAAAAUUAGUAGUCUUAUCUCAGAAAAAAAUCAAGACCAAUUCCAACCCUUUUAUAGAUAUUUAAUGUACAUACAUAUGUACAUAAUUGGAGUUUUUAGAAACAUUUAUUACUUAUUAUAUUUAUACUUCUAUCCAAUUUUUCUAUUAUACACCAAAUUGUGAAUUUCCCUUAGUGUAGAAAUGUACCUAUUACACAAAGGUGAACCUUUUAGCCGUAGAUACCUAGUUAGAUAGAAGAGCCAUGUUUGUAAGUGUAUUUUUUAUAAGUAGGUAGUUAACUUCCCGUUGUAGAUUUCUAACAGUUUUUUUAUGAUAAAAUCAUUGCUCAAGCAUACUUUCUAAUCCUUUGCUAGCCUUCCAAAUAGAGAAAAGCAUGUUAGGUAAUACCUAGGUAAAUAGUAAUACAUAAGAUUAACCUAGGUUAUUUAAAAUGUAACUUUAUCUUAUAUUAAUGAUAAAGUCCGUUACCCAUCUUCUUACCGGUAAUUUUAGUGUCAAAGAAUUUUAAACUUUACUGUUUUAAUUGUUGAGCUUUUAUUGAGAGUUACAUUAAUUUGUGAAUGCGAAUGAAUUAGAUAGAACAAUUGAAAUUGGGGCAAACAUCGAUAAGUGCAUGACUGAUUACAAUGUACGCUGUGUCAUGUGCCCCAGUACCCUUUCAACUUUCAUACGGAUAGCCGGUAGUUAAAUUGCAUGCAAUAGAGUCACGUUUCUAAUCUAUUCCUUAGAUUAGCAUUUUGUAAUCUCAAUACCUAUUUCAGAUUAUAUUUAAAUACGUAGUUAAGGUUGGAAUAUGGUUUGAAUUCUUGCCAUUUUCCAACCUAACAUAAACACUCACGCCUGUACCCUAUCUAAUACAUGUUUACGACUGGUCUAUGUAAAUCACUUUAUUGAAAGGGACGUUAUUUACUUAUAUUUAAUUCCAUUAUUGCAGUUAGCAAACUCUAGUCAUGACAUAAUUUUUUUUAUUUUAUAUUUACCAACCAAAUUUUAUGAAAAUAUGUACCUACCUUCUUGUAAUAGUCCUAUAUAGAACUCGUAGAAUAUUUUGUAUAAAAAAUAAAUAUUUGUUUAAUAUUUUAAACGAAAGCUGUUAUUUUCGUAAGUAUAUUUAUAUCCGGAUAUUCAAAGUUGAAUGCAGGGUAAAAAAAAUGAUUAAGAAUAUUAUGUAAAAUCAAAAUACCCACUUACCGCACCGGCUACUAAAUAUACAUACAUUAAUAUAGGUACUUUAUAGUACGAAUUUGUAGAAAAAUAUCGGUUAUUAAAACAAAUUUCCAAUAACUAUCUAGACAUACACCACUAGAAAUAACAUAUCAGAAAAUCAGAAGUUUAGUUUUUUUUUGGGUAAGUAUUUAAGUUUAAUUUAAGUAUUUAAAGUGUAUAUCUACUUCUUUGGCUAGUUAUAAUCAGGAAUAUAUAUGUUUUUUACCCAGAAUUUUGCUUAUUUCUAUUAUAUAAAUGGUGUAUGCCUUUCGCAAAAAACGUUGGUCCUUUCUUAAUAGGACGAGAUGGAAGACUACAACUGUUACACGUAAGGUCUAUUGUCGAGUAAGAGUGAAAUAAGCUUUAUUAUGUGCCAACAGGGAAGAAAAGUAAAGAUAUGUGAAGUAGGCAUGACUUCAAGCUUCCAUCGGCUACCUAAAGUUUAUGUCACACAAGAAAACAUUUUGUAUAAAAAGUAUAAGGGAGCCAAUAGAAAGUUCUCAUGCAGAUAAAUUAGAAAAAAAAACACUCACAUCUUGUACUAAUGUACUCCCUUGCGGGGUAGGCAGAGGUGCAUUGCUGCACCCACUUUUCGAGUGUUAUGUUAGUCCCAAUGUAAUAGGGGGCGGGCCGUUCAUGCAAAUACUUUACUUUUGAUGUGAGAUUAGUCACUAUUUACAUUGGCUUCAUUGGCAAUAAACCUGGUAUCCUCAUGAUGACAUAGCAUUAUUCACACCACAGGGAAUGUAUUUUCCAAUAUCAUACCAACACAAUGGAUCUCAGUUAGCUAAUAGUUGGUACUUUAUAAACUAGGGUUAAAUUCGAUUUCAACUUAAGCAUACCAGGUUUAUUUGUACUGUGGUUUAAAUAUCCAUAUACUUAUCUACCUUUAUUUUAAUUGAAUGUUAUAUUGAAAUGGAAUGCAUGUUGUAAAAAUGUGACCAAUGUCAACGUAUAACACUCCUCUCGUAUUAAUUAGAAUUUUUUACCUUUAAUAAGUAGUAUUCCUAGAUAUUUGUCUAGGUACAUAGAAUCCUCAGAAAUUGAUGUUUCCCACCUUCAUAAAAA